ACCAAUGGCGCGAGUCGGCCCUGCUCUACGCGGCGGUGGGCGGGAUUAGAACGUGGCCCGGAGUGUUCGGAACCGGAACGUCUGCGAUUGUUCUCCGAUCUGGGCCUCGUUCGAUUGCAGCGGGGUGGCGGGUCAGAGCUGGGACGGAAUCUCGUCCACACUCUGUAUGCAGUUAGCCAGGAAGAUGGCUACUGAGAAUGUCAGCUUAUUGUUUAAAGUGUACUGCUUGUCAGUAAUGACGCUUGUGGCUGCUACUUAUACUGUAACAUUACGGUACACAAGGACAGUCUUAACAAAGAUGUAUUUUGCAACCACUGCUGUUUGUAUCACGGAAGUCAUCAAACUAAUUCUGAGUUUAGGUAUGUUAAUAAGGGACUCUGGGAGUUUGAGUAGGACGCUGUCAGCUUUACAGGAGCAUAUACUAAGAAGCCCCAAAGAAUUGCUGAAGCUCAGUGUUCCAUCGCUAGUGUAUGCUGUUCAGAACAAUAUGGCUUUUGUGGCACUUAGCAAUUUGGAUGCAGCAGUGUAUCAGGUGACCUAUCAACUAAAGAUCCCCAGUACAGCAUUGUGCACAGUCUUUAUGCUGAACCGCUCACUCAGCAAGCUGCAGUGGGCAUCUGUGUUUAUGCUCUGUGCUGGGGUAACGUUAGUCCAAUGGAAGCCUGUGGAAACUACAAAGGUGCAGGUUGAACAGAAUCCAGUUUUGGGAUUUGUUGCCAUAGCCAUUGCAGUGUUGUGUUCUGGAUUUGCAGGUGUUUACUUUGAGAAGGUAUUGAAAAGUUCUGAAACCUCUCUGUGGGUGAGGAACAUACAGAUGUAUAUCUCUGGCAUUGCAGUCACUGCAUUUGGAGUUUAUGUCACUGAUGGUGCCCAAGUGAUGGAGAAGGGCUUUUUCUUCGGAUACACCCACUGGGUCUGGUUUGUUGUAUUGUUAGCAAGCCUUGGAGGUCUGUAUACCUCAGUUGUUGUGAAGUACACAGAUAACAUCAUGAAGGGAUUCUCAGCUGCUGCAGCAAUAGUCAUUUCCACAGUUGCUUCUAUGCUGUUGUUUGGCUUGCAGAUAACUCCCACCUUUGUAUCUGGAGCCAUUCUUGUAUGCAUUUCAAUAUAUUAUUAUGGUUUACCAAAGCAAAAUACAAUGACAAUUCAACAGACUGUGACAGAGAAGUCCAAACAGCCACUGGAAGAUGUGUGAUCAUAAACGCUUCAUUAGGGAAAAACAUGAAGAAUAAAAGAUCACCUUAUCUGCAUCUUUAAGAUUUUGCAAGGGAUGUGGAUAUUUUUUAAAAAUCCUACAUUGGUUGUUGAUUCAUCAAUUUUGUUUUGCACUUGGUGUCGACAAGGUGAAGGUCUGGUAUGCAUUAUGACAAUCCAAGAAACACACCCAGUUAUUCAUCGAGUUUAUGAAGAAGCCGUUUUUUUAAAAGUCUACUUCCUAAAAGUUCUGGUAAUUUGGAGUCAUGUUUCGAACAGCCACAGAAGUCUUUGUUAGGUUUUUGUUUCAGAUGCCUCUUUAAAUGUAAACUUUAAACGUCAGUGCUUUGCAGCUGCAAUGUUUGUCACACUUUUAGUUGCUGGUUAAUUCAAUAUUUGGCCCCCCAGUUCGUAUCAGGAACAAUGGUUCCUAUGAAAAUCCUGAUGCUACUGUGUAUCUUUUGGUCCAUUAUCCCUACUGU